GGGCAGGGCGCGGAAUCACAGCCCGGCACACCCAGGGGGGUGGAGGAGAAGGGGGCCAGCCGGCUGCGGGAAUUCAGCCUCUGGGCUGGGGGCUGUCACCGAGGAAAAGUUUUCCUUUUUGAAGACGGACUGGGGAUCCCUCCACCCCAUCCCUCCCAUUGCACUUCUUAAAGGGAUCACAGCGCUUUUCCCUUUGACUCCAUGGAAGCCAGGUUGGGGACACUCCGUGGAGACUUCGAACCUUUCCUUCCCACUUCCUCCUUGGCUGGCAGCCUUCCUCUGGCCGACUGAGUGGGGGCCUCCCAGGCAUGGCACUGACCGCCCGACCCAGUGCUGACUUGGCUCCUGGGUUCCUGCAGCCUCGGGUGGCAUCUCGCUUCCCCUCUCCCGGGGCGCGGUGAGUUAGGGGGCGCCCAGCCCUGAGCUGCUUGGAGAGAGUUGCUGGCACCCCCUCUCCCCAUCACCUUCUCCCCCAAAGCUGGAGAACGGUGAGGAGGUCGGGGGCUACGAUGAGAUGAGCGGGGGUCGCUUUGAUUUUGACGAUGGCGGGGCGUACUGCGGGGGCUGGGAGGGGGGCAAGGCGCACGGGCACGGCCUGUGCACGGGCCCCAAGGGCCAGGGUGAGUACUCGGGCUCCUGGAACUUUGGCUUUGAAGUGGCGGGUGUCUACACCUGGCCCAGCGGAAACACCUUCGAGGGAUACUGGAGCCAGGGCAAACGGCACGGGCUGGGCAUAGAGACCAAGGGACGCUGGCUCUACAAGGGCGAGUGGACACACGGCUUCAAGGGACGCUACGGGACCCGGCAGAGCAGCAGCAGCGGUGCCAAGUAUGAGGGCACUUGGAACAACGGCCUGCAGGACGGCUAUGGCACUGAGACCUACGCGGAUGGAGGGACGUACCAAGGCCAGUUCACCAACGGCAUGCGCCACGGCUACGGCGUGCGCCAGAGCGUGCCCUACGGGAUGGCGGUGGUGGUGCGCUCGCCGCUGCGCACCUCGCUCUCGUCCCUGCGCAGCGAGCACAGCAACGGCACGCUGGCCCCGGACUCGCCCACCUCGCCGGCCGCCGACGGCCCCGCGCUGCCCGGGCCGGCCAUCCCGCGCGGCGGCUUCGCGCUCAGCCUGCUGGCCAACGCCGAGGCGGUGGCGCGGGCGGCCAAGGGCGGCGGCCUGUUCCAGCGGGGCGCGCUGCUGGGGAAGCUGCGUCGCGCCGAGUCGCGCACGUCCCUGGGCAGCCAGCGCAGCCGCGUCAGCUUCCUCAAGAGCGACCUCAGCUCGGGCGCCAGCGACGCCGCGUCCACCGGCAGCCUGGGCGAGGGCGCCGACGAGGCCGCGCCCUUCGAGGCCGACAUCGACGCCACCACCACCGAGACCUACAUGGGCGAGUGGAAGAACGACAAGCGCUCGGGCUUCGGCGUGAGCGAGCGCUCCAGCGGCCUCCGCUACGAGGGCGAGUGGCUGGACAACCUGCGCCACGGCUACGGCUGCACCACGCUGCCCGACGGCCGCCGCGAGGAGGGCAAGUACCGCCACAACGUGCUGGUCAAGGGCACCAAGCGCCGCGUGCUGCCGCUCAAGAGCAGCAAGGUCCGCCAGAAGGUGGACCACAGCGUGGAGGGCGCCCAGCGCGCCGCCGCCAUCGCGCGCCAGAAGGCCGAGAUCGCCGCCUCCAGGACAAGCCACGCCAAGGCCAAAGCUGAGGCAGCAGAACAGGCUGCCCUGGCUGCCAACCAAGAGUCCAACAUUGCCCGCACUUUGGCCAGGGAGCUGGCUCCAGACUUCUACCAGCCAGGUCCGGAGUAUCAGAAGCGCCGGCUGCUCCAGGAGAUCCUGGAGAAUUCGGAGAGCCUGCUGGAUUCCCCCGACCGGGGCCCCAGCGCCGCGGGCCUCCCGGAACGGCUCCGCGAGAGCCCGGAGCUGCACGAACGGGAGACCCCGGCGCCCGAGGGUGGCCCCCCGUCGCCGGCCGGGACACCCCCGCAGCCCAAGCGGCCCCGCCCGGCCGCGGCGUCCAAGGACGGCCUGUUGAGCCCGGGCGCCUGGAACGGUGAACCCGGCGGCGGCGGCGAGGGCAGCCGGCCGGUCACGCCGUCGGACGGCGCGGGUCGCCGCAGCCCCGCCCGGCCGGCCAGCGAACGCAUGGCCAUCGAGGCGCUGCAGGCGCCGCCCGCGCGGCCGGACGAGCCGGAGGUGGCGCUGUACCAGGGCUAUCACAGCUACGCCGUGCGCACCGCGCCGCCCGCGCCGCCGCCCUUCGAGGACGAGCCCGAGGCCCCCGCCGCCGACUCCGCGCCCCCGUCCCCGGCCGCCGCCGCCGCGCCCGGGACGGCGUCCCCGCCCCGAAGCCCCGCGCCGGCGCCCGAGAGCCCCGCCAAGCUGGAACCCAAGCCCAUCGUGCCCAAGGCCGAGCCCAAGGUCAAGGCCCGCAAGACGGAGGCCCGAGGGCUAACCAAGGCCGGGGCCAAGAAGAAGGCUCGGAAGGAGGCCGCGGCGGCGGCAGAGGUCGAGGUGGAGGAGGUCCCCAACACCGUCCUCAUCUGCAUGGUGAUCCUGCUGAACAUCGGCCUGGCCAUCCUCUUCGUUCACCUCCUGACCUGACCUCGUCCCCCAGAGCCAGGAGUUCCUGCUGAGGACGCAUGGACCCAUCUUUUGCAGUGCCAGGCAGGGUGGCUGAGGAGGACUGGACCUGGAUGCUGGGGGUCCACUUGCAUCCACACCACAAACGUUUAAGGAGGCUUCCUGUGGCACCUGUGCCCAGAUGCAGGCGGUGCCCAGAGGAAGAGAAAAGUGCUGGGCACCCUCCAGGAGCUCUCUGCCCAGCGGCAGGGAAAGCCCUGAAAGAAGAACCCUGGUCUUGAACUCCUCGAUCUGCUCCAUCCCCCAUCCCCAUCCACUCCCUUGCCUCCAUCCCUCCCCUAGGUCACCCCCAUCCCAGGCUUUUUUUUGUGUUUUGGGAGAAGUCACCAAACCAGGAUGUUAAAUCCCAGACCCCCUCCUUCGUACCCUCCCUGGCUUUAUUUUAAACUUCUGAGGCCUCCCAGGCAAGCGGAGGAAGUGACGAGAUCCCCGUGGUGGGCCGCGGAGGGUGAUGUUCUCAGCCCACCAGGCCUUCCUGUUUCAGUCCCGACCCCUCCCACACUCUGUCCCUUGCUUCCAGAUGCUCAGGAUGACAAUAGAGGAAAUGGACGUCUUCUGUUUGAAUAUCCCAGAAUACAGUGCUUCUGUCUCCUCCCAGCGGUCCAGUUAGCUUCCCUCUGGACCAGCAGGAGAGGGGGAGACGAGAGGGUUUGGGACCUUUGGCUGGGAAGCCACUGACCAGGUGGCCAGGGGGUGGGAGGGGGUGUGGGGAGAAGGGCCGAGGGGUAGUUAGGAUGGCCCUGUUUCUGAGGGCGCCUGAGCCUGAGGCUGGCAUCACACGUGGGGGCUUUGAGGAUACAGAGGGUGAGGAGAGGUCUCCCUGCAGGAGCCAUGGGGCCGGUGAGAUAAAGCCCCAGGGAUGCCCCGGGAACUGAUUUGUCUGCUUCCGCUCCCAGGGGCCACCGCAGGCUUCAGGGGCAGGGUGGGAUGGGGCGGGUGCUGAGCAUGAAAGCCCAGACAGAUUUCGCUGGGGCAGACUCUCAGGCCCAUGCUGAGGACAGGCUGCUUGUCAGCCAGCGUGUCCCAGGGAGAGAGGAGCAGGUGUGGGGCUCCCGCUGGGCUGUGAUAAGCUCCUCGGCUUGCUUGGCAGGAGCCGGUCUUUGCAUGUAGCCCCUUUCCGAUGUGCUGUGUACCAUGCUGGUUUCCCGGUCCCUGGUGCUGGCUGGGGGUGGGUGGGGGCUGAGGGCUGUGGCCUCGGCCCGGGGAAGGAUGGAAGGCCAGUGGUCCAGGCCCCUUUGAGCCGGGGGAAGGAUGUGACCAGGACAUCUAAACCGAGCUGGAGGGGAGCAGCUGCUUUUCUGUCUUUGGUUCUCCGCUCCUUGGGGGCUGGGGCGGGGGUAGUCUGGCCUCCCCACCCGGGCUUGCUCUUUGACUUGAAGUUUGUUUCUGAUGGGGUCAGCUUUCCCUUUCUCCCUCAAUACUUGGGAACCUUCCCCCUGGCUCCACACUUACUGUUUCGAGCACCGCUGGGGCCUUGAGGUUGUUGGAUUGCAUUUCUGCCGAGAGGAGCCUGUGGGUUCUGCGGUCCUCCAGGGGCUCCACUAUCGUGUGUGGGCUUUUCUGGACUCUUAGGGCAAGAGGGAGGUGGGCUGGGGGCGCUGCUCAGGGGAGAUGGGCCCCAGGCCUGGGCUCUGAGGUCACUGUCCGGGGUUUUUGGUCUGGCUCAGGGUUGGGGAUAAGCCUCUGACUGCCAGGGCUCCUGGGUGGGGCCUUGUUUGGGGCUUGUUAUUUGGGGUGAAGAUUCAGGAAGCUGCCGUCUAUGCAAUAAUAAACUUGCAUCUGCUCACAGGCUCUGCCUGGGCUGCGGGGUCUGCUUGUGAGCUCAGGACGGGGGACUGGUCUGAGGAGGAAGAGGGAAGCUGAGGACCCUGGGUCAUGCUGGGUCAGGCUCUGCCUCUCUCUUAAAGUUUCCAUAAUACCUCCUGUGUGUGCGUCUGCUCAGUUGUGUUCGACUCUUUGCAACCCCAUGGAUUGUAACCCACCAGCCUCCUGUGUCCGUGGGAUCAGCUCGGCAGGAAUACUGGAGUGGGUUGCCACUUCCUUCUCCAGGGAAUCUUCCCAACCCAGCGAUUGAACCCAUGUCCCCUGUGGCUCCUGCAUUGGCAGGCAGAUUCUUUACCGCUGUGCCGCCUGGGAAUACCUCCUGAGGGGUGGCUGAAAGGCUUCGGUCCUGACGGGCUCCCCAAAGGCCACAGACUUUCUAGGGAAGACCCUGAGUUUGUCAAGCAGACUUCUAAAAGAUUCCCUGAGCAGCAUAUAGCAAAAGAGCGAGCUUGUCUUUUGGAAAAAAUCUUUGGUCACCUACCCCACAGGAUCUUAGUUCCCCAGUCAGGGAUGGAACCUGUGGCCCCUGCUUUGAGAGUCUUAACCACUGGGCCUCCAGGGAAGUCCCAAAAGAGCCUGUCUUUUGAGAUUGGCCCCCCCUAGGCUCUAGUCCUGUUUAGGAUACUUAUUUCACUUCUCUGAGUCUAAAUUUCUCAUCUAGAAAACAGAAAAUACUACUGCUACCUCCUGGAGUUGCAGUGAGGAUAACUUUAAACAAUGAAGCUUAUGUAAAGCCCAGCAAUUGAGAGUGGUAAGAAGUGCAGACCUCCCGUUUUGGGGUCAUUAGUGCUGUUGCCCUGAAGUACAGUCAUUAGCCCUCUCACAAGCCUCUUGCAUUUUAGUUGAGGCCCCAGAAACCUCAAAGGGGUGGAGAUGAUUCAGGCUCCUGUCAGAAAGUCACAGAGCGUCUCAGUCAAAGGAAGGACCUAGAGGCCAUCAUCAUACUCUCCAGAGGCUUAGACAAGAGAAGAGACUUGCCCAAGGUCACCCAACAAGCCAGGGGCAAGAAAGCACUUAUCUUGACUUAUUUUUGAGGGUAAGUCAAGCCAGCAGCCCUUAUGAGAUAGUUGGAGGGGAGGGUCCCUCACCAGUCAGUAAGCAUGUUCAGGCAGGUUCUGGAGUGCUUCGGUGCUCAGGAGUCCUGGUUCUCUGCCCAGCGUCAUCACUGACUUACUGCAUGCCAGACACCCCCUCUUUCUGGGCCUCAGUUUCCUCUUUUGCCAAGGAGACCGUCAUCACUGCCCCAUUGCCUUCUUUACAAGUAUCGUGGUUUUGAGCAUCCGAUAAGGUAGAUCAUGAGUGGUAGAGAGGUUGGCAAAACCCUGGAAUAAUCCAGGGGUCCCAAAGAGGAAGGAUGGACUUGGAGGGACCUCAGGGGCGAUGGAGGGGGUGGGAGUGAAGAGGGAAGGGUCCUACUCUGCGGAGGUUUGAAUAAAGUGCACCAAGAGAAGGGGGGGUGGGAAGCCAGCCCAGUUGGGGGAAUUUGCAGACUGGCCGUGUGUGUGUGUAAAGUGGGAGUGUGGGGUGAGGGGGCAGGCAGAUGACAGCCUUCGAAUCCUCUUGAAUGGUUUGGGGGAAAAAGCUCAUUCUAGAGCCCACUGGAACGUCCGAGUCAGGUAAGGUUGUUUUGGAGUCGGGCGCCCCCUGGGGGCCGAAGCGCAGCACACAGCCUGGCUGGUCCCCUUUUCAGCCUUGGUCACUGACACCUCUAGAAGUUUGUCCUCCUCUGCCAGGUCCAAGAUCCUUUGAAGGUGUCUUGUGCCAUAGGGGAAUUUAAAACCACCUCGUGGAUGUUACCGGGGCCUGUGAUUACUACCACUGGCUUAGAGUCUUGGCAGGACUCUUCCAGGUCAGAAAAAAAAAGACGGGGGGCCUGGGAGCUGUGGGAUUCAGAUGAGGGAUUUGUGGCAAGAUGAAAUUUUUCAUGAUUUCUGAUGAACCCACAAAGGAUCUGACUGUGCUUGGAGAGAUGAAGGCCCAGAUGAUGACUUUUGGCAGCCUCAAGCCUGAAAAAGUUCUAUGGUGCCCCCUCAAAUAUGUAGCUCAAAAUAAACACAGUACCAAAACUGUAAAACACAAAA